AUGGAACUUACAGUUUGCAGAUUUCCGAAGAACUAUGCGCCUAUCAGGAACUCCGACCUCGGAGAGGCUCACCAUGAUGCUGCUGAAAGAACGAGCGCUUGCCUCUUGAUCAACCAGGCCAUGGCUGCGGUCUCCCCAUCAUCAUCCUGCAACAGCGCAUCGCUUUCAGAGGGCUCCUCCAGAGGCAGUCUAGACUCGUCCGACGGCGGUCGGAUGCAGUCGCCGGUCGCGCUACCCAUCAGCAAUCUACCGCACCCAGAGGGCUCCCCCGGGGUGGGCACCGGAACUCCGGGUGGCGGCCCUCCACAAUCUCCGGUAACCAGCCACCCCAUGCUCGUGGAUGCGCUUGCUUCCAUGACUCUGCACGAGGAAUCCAGCAACCCCUCUCUUGCAAAGCGCUAUCGCCCGCGCCCCCGCCACUGCAAGAUCCCAUCAUCCGUGGAUCUAACCUCUGACCUUGCGCUCCUCGCUUGCAGGAAGGCAACGGCGCGGAUAUUCACGGUGCAUCCGAGUCCCGCUCGGACGAAGAAGACAGCACCGUCACCCAGCUUCCCACCCCAAAGCGCAGCAGGUAGGGGCGCUUUGCUAGGGGCUUCGCCCGCCUCCUCUUCGAUCGCCAAGCUGCUCGUGCAUCUUGCAAGCCCACACGAGUCUGUCGCAAGCAGGCCUCGCUCUUUCUGCACUCUGGACCUAAUCGUUAUUAGUACAUUCAACAGGCGCACAGCAAACACUCAACUGCCAACGCACACCGCUGAGACGAGCAGAAAGGCCGCCUCCUUCAUGGCCGAGCAGAAGGCCGAUCUGAAAGCCGUUCGAGCCCGUCAGAGACGCGAACCCGGCAGAGCGCGCUCGGAGGACACGCUCGACGAUGUUUUAAAGGCGGAUGUGGAUUUCGAACCUCGGCGCUGGGAUUUGAUGGACGGUAACUUCAUCCGGGAAAAGCCACCCCCUAAACCGAAGGACACCCACAAGCAGAGCACGUUGCCGGAAUGCCUGACCUCCGUCCAAUCAGCAAAUGCGAUUCUGCCGCGAGUCGAAUUCAACUGGAGGACCGAGGCGCAGACCAGGCCAGGCCAGGAGCAAGGCAGACGCGCACACCCGCAAGUCGAGCAUACUCCCGCCAUGAGCGAGCAGGCCGCGGAGCUCAUGGCCAACAACAGAGAGGGUCUCCGCGCCUACGAGGUGGAAAGGGCAGCUGAGAUCGAGGCCGUGCGGACCGGCCCCAUCAGCAAGCCGGGCCCCUCAAUCAGCUGCAUGGGGGAUCUGGCCGCCGGCAUCGGAGCCAACAGAACGACUCCGAUCACGCAGGAGCGAUCAACGCUGCGGGACUGGCUUGUCACGCAGGAAGAAACCCCCGAGGAGGAGGAAGGCGGAGGGCCAGACGCUGGCUCGCAGGCCAGCAAUCGGUUGGGGUCCUUGCCCAGGAGUGAAAGGCUUAUGGACCCAGUCAGCAAGCCACAGCUUCCGUCCGACGCAAGAGGCGAGAGCAUCGAUGACACCAUGGAGGGCUCCGCAGACGGUGGUGACUCUGAGGCAACCAACAGCAAGCGUGAGGACGUGAGCAUGUGUGUGCAGUCACGACCGGAGAUCGACGCUGCAGGACAGUAUUGGUUCACCACGGAAAAGCCGCUGGAGCAGUGCCGACGGACGAUGGCGGCUGGCGAAGACCGUAUCUUGAUCGUCUGCGACGUGUCGAAUCACUCGGGGGCGAAGAAGUACGGCAGCAUCCGUGACCCGUCCGCCCUGCAGGACUACGUCACGCGCCGCAAGGAGAUGAGCCUCGGCCACCCCAAUCUGUACGAGGGCUUGACCGAGGGCCUGCCGACCAAGCUGUACGCGGACAUCGAUCUGCGGACGGCAAGCAAGGUGGCGGGGGACUUCGAGCGGUACAAGAGACACCUGGACGAAGUGAGAGACGCCUUCCUGGUGGACGUGCUAGGCAUCCCACCCGAGAGCAUCCGGUUCGAGGCCAGCGAGGCGCACGGGGACGCGGCCGAUGGCGGUUACAAGUGGAGCAUCCACGAGCUGUUGCGCGGAUACUACCUCGAGAACUUCCACGCCCGCAACGAGUUCAAAAAGGCCUUCGAGCACUUCCAGAGGAACCUCUCCGCGCACCUCCAGCACUGCGACGAGUACCUCUGGCAUACGCCCGACCCCCAGACAGGCCCCAAGCUGAUCUGGGACCCCUCUGUGUUCGCCAAGUUCAAGUGCUUCCGGAUGCUCUACUCCCGAAAGAGGGGGUCGGACCGGCCCCUGCUCCCCGUCGAGGGAAGCUCCCCGCAGCUGCUGGACCACCUGGUGGGCAUCUACUCGGCGGAGGAGCUCGCGUCUCUGACGAAGAUCGACGUUGGAGUGCUGGAGCGGUACAACCAAGAGGUUGGGGUGGACGCGGGAAAGCGGCGCGAGAUCCCUCGCCGUCACACUACCCGGGUCGCGGUGGAGGGGGGCUCAGUCGAAGGCGGAACUCGGGACGACGCGUUAGGCGCGCCUCUGACCGCGCAUGAGCUGGAGCGUCUGACGAGCGUUUACAGGGAGGACCAUCCCGGGGCGGAGAUCCGGACCACUCUGCAGGUCGCCACCGACGUCUUCACCCUUCACUUCCGCAUCCAGCAGCCGAUGUGCCGCAUCCUUGGGGCCGCGCACGACAGCGACGGGAACAACGGAGGGUACCUCGUGUAUAGGCGGAGCGAUCCGACGGUGGCCUACUACAAGUGCCACUCCGCGCGGUGCAGUGGUACCGUGCGGCGGCUGCAGCUCCAAGUCCACAAAAUACCCGGGUGGUCUGAGGACUAUAUGGAUUCGAGCGGCAUGCGGUCGUACCCCCUAUUUGACAUCAAGAGAGGAGCCCCGAAGCACACGGUCUUGGUGACAGCAAAUAAAGGCAUUGGGAAAUCGAAGGAGAGCUACGAUUGGCUGUGGAAGAUGCUGCAGCGGAACGAGGGCGUGGGUGUCGUCAUCAUUGCUGCCAACAUUGCCCUGGCAAAGAAGUGUGAGUCGGACCUGCGGAUCGAGUGCGAACGCAAGAUGAGAGCGGGCCUCUGCCUGUACGGGCUCGACCUGUUCGUCAACUACCUGGACGCGCCCGGUGGCGACAUCAAACAGCCGAGGGUCAUAUCCUGCAUCAACUCGCUCCACCGAGUGCGAUCCAGCCCGGCGAUAGUCAUCGUCGACGAGGCGGACAUGGUGCUCGCCAACUGCAACUCCGACGUGAUGACGAACCGGAAACAGGUCUUCAUGGCCGCUGAGCGCAUCAUGGGAAACGCCCGCAUCCUCAUCGCGAUGGACGCGCACAUCGACUGCCCAAGGGUCCUCGAGUGGUUCUACAUGGUUCGUCCGGACAGUGAGCUGCACUCGAUCCGGAACGCCGGCGUACACCCGAGCCAGCUGGGGAGGACGGCCACCAUCUACCGACUGCCGAAGUUGAAGAACUUGGAGCUCACGUGCGCCCCGGCCGUUGCGCGCACCCUGGAACUUUUGAAGAGCGGCCUGAAAGUCGGGGCACCCUCGGCUAGCCUGCGCUACGUGAAGCAGCUGACGGAGGCCGCCGCUUCAGAAUUCGGGCCAUCAAAGGAUGUGAAGGCAUUCCACGGCGCGCAGAAGUCUCCGGAGGACAAGAAGCGUCUGUUUCAAGCCGUGGCGGAACCGGACGUGCACAUGCUGGCGGAUUUGAUGACCCACACAUCGGUCAUAGGCCCGGGAGUAUCAGUGGAGAGGCCUUGGUAUGACACGGUGGUGGCGCUGGCUUACAAUAGCUCCUUCCACCCGGACGUGUUCGCCUUCAUCCAGAUGCUCUUUCGGCUUCGCAUCGCGGGGCCCAUGGAUAUCUACCUCAGCGCCGACAACCCGCGCAACUGCCAGCCGGCGUGCUUGCCCACGACGAAGGAAGACGUCUUCCGAGCGAUCGAGGAUGAGGACGAGGAACUUCGCAAAAUGCUAGGGUCCACCGACCACCUCGACUUUCUUGUCAGACGACGCGGCAAGCGGGCGAUAUGCAACCGGGAGUCUGCCACGUGCGUGUUGUACGCCAACAACGUGCUCGCGAGAUGCGACAGCAUCCGCCACUACCUGAAGAUCAUGACGGAGGAUCUGCAGAAGCAGGGGCUGACGGUCAUCGAAAAGGGAGCACCGUGUGUGGAGACCGAACAUGCUCCACCGGAGGCUUGCGAUCCCGAUGCAGAGCUGACGGCUGAGGAGUGGCGAAACAAGUACGUGGUUCACGGGGACCAAUACUCGCACCUCAAGGUGCUGGAGGAGUCGCAGGACGUUGGCUUACUCGAGCUGAAGCAGAUCAAGCUGUACGAGGCGAUCCAUGAGUUUUACAAGGUCGACCCCGCGCUGGUCGACUUUGACUUCUUCGACGAGUUCUGCGCGGAGGAUGACAAGAAUCACGACAUGUAUGGGAAUUACAUGAGGUUCCGCGAGCUCUCCCGCGACCAGAUCGCUGCGGGGCUUUGCAAUCCGCUGAAGGAAGCCGAUGCGGUGGGCGUUACUCAAGACUAUCUGGCGGAGCUGUGA